GAGCGCACACGUUGCAGAACGAAGACAAGAGAAGAGCGCGCGACUGCGCUAGAGAAUACAUACCUAAGGUGGUUCGCAACGGCGGCACUGGAGGGGAUAAUACAUUUCUCGCGAGCGCGUGUGCUGCUGCUGCUUCUGGCGAGCUCGCGAUUCGCGAAUCCACUACACGGCUUGUAGAUCGUCGUCGUGUACUCUACAGUAUAUACUUUCGAGCGUGCGAUAGCCUCUCUAAAGAGAGUCAGAGGAGAGCGUAAGCAGAGCGCACAUUGUGUACAUACACGAAGGCACACACAUAUCAUCGAGCAACAGUAUCUUGUGUGUUCGCUUGUGGACAGAAACGGCAACGGCAGCAGAAAUAUAUACAUUGUUUUAUCCGUCAUCGUGCAGUUUGGCGCGUUAUACUCGCUCUGUCUGUGCUCUCCGCUCGCUGCUCGCUGCUCUUGUAUAUAUUAUAUACUGCUGCCCGCGAGACUCGUUCCUGGAAAUCGAGCCUGAACGGACGCAGCUAUAACGAAGAACGAAAGCUUAUUUUUAUACAGACUAUUUUUUAUCCGACUUUUACACAUCGAUAUAGAACUAUAUAUCUAUAUAUUUUUCUGUUUACUUUCUACGUAGUAUAUACCUGUGUGUGUGAGUGUGCAUGUGUACUACGACGCAAGUGCGUGCUUUUCAAAUCGCAGCCAGAGAAAAUAAAUUUUCUGGCCUGUCAGUGCGGGAUAUAAGCCGAGUGCUGCUGCAGUCUGCGUGUCAAGUGCCGAGAUAAUAAUAAUAACCAGAUAACGAGACGACUUUUGCGCGAAUAAACAAAAUCGCCUGUACAGAUAUGGAGCAAAUGAUGAGCCUGGACGUGUGCGACGGUGAUUACUUGGGGGCCUACCGGCGCUUUCUCGAGCACUUUGUCGCUAACGUUUGCGACCACGAGGAUCAGCUGCCUGUCAAAAUGGGCCGCAGAGACGUGCGAGAAUGCGAGCUGACCGGCGAGAUAGCUGACAUAAGCUUGCAACAUCUUAAUCAAAGAAUAUGUCCACCGAGUUUGCAAGCAUAUUUAGUUAAACUGGUCAUCAAUGAAUUCAAAUUAUUGUUUCAAAAGUCACCUGAAGAGUGUGGAUACCGACAACAAGAUAAAGUAUUUUCUCCGUUAAAGUUAAUGCAAACUGUCACAAGUAAAGUUAAUGAGAUAUGUCAACGUUAUUUGGAUAACAGCCGUUUAGCAUUGUUACCUCCACCUCCAUCCAUUCCACUACCAUUAACUUCUUCAUAUGCUAUUAAAAAUAGAAGGCGAAAAAUGGAAGAUCGUUCUGUAGUGUUACAUGAUUUACACACUAUGUUCAGUAUUAAGAAUGACUCCGUAGUAAACUAUUAUGCAGUAUUCGACGGUCAUGCAGGACAAGAAGCUGCCACAUAUUGUGCAGCUCAUCUUCAUCAGUAUUUAGUGGAAAGUUCUUAUUAUCCUUUAGAACCUGAAUUUGCCUUACGCGAUGCUUUUCAUACAACAGAUAAAAGAUUUUCUGAGGGGGAUGAUACAAAAAAUAGUGGUGCUACUGCUGUAUGUGCUUUAUUAUUUGAUAAGACUUUGUACAUAGCAUGGGCUGGAGAUUCACAAGCAGCUUUGAUCAAAUCUGGAAGAGGAAUGAAUUUGACUAUUCCUCAUAAACCAGAAAGACCAGAUGAAAAAAAAAGAAUUAAAGAUUUGGGAGGAGAAGUUGUAUAUUUUGGUACAUGGAGAGUUAACGGAGUAAUAAAUGUCUCAAGAUCAAUUGGAGACUGCAAGUACAAACCAUGGGUGACGGAAGAGCCCGACGUAAUAAAAGUAGAAUUAGAUGGGACCGAAGAUUUUCUGAUAGUCGCUUGUGACGGCUUUUGGGAAAGAGCCACCGAAGACAUUGUAGCUUCACUUUUAUACGAAUAUGUCGGCUCUGGAAUGAGUGAUAGCAACUCGGCAAGCGAAGCACUCGUUGGCUGGGCAAAGCAGAACUUGAGCGAGGAUAAUAUCUCGGUGAUCGUAGUUUUUCUCACAUCACCAGCUGAGAUAGCCGCCAAAGGUUAUUUUGUCGCUGCGAGUAAUAGCCGGGAACCGGUCAGUAUGGAUCAGUCCGGGGGCAUGGAGCACGAGUCUCAGCAACCCUUUGUUGACUACGGGUUCGCCAAGACGCCGAUCCAGGCUCAGCCGAACGGCUCUGCGGAAGUCUUCAACGGUUCUCUCCUCGAGUCUGUCAAUGGUUUGCAUAGACCGAAACCACCCAAGUACAACGACGAAGACGAUGACGAAGAUGACGAGGAAGACGAAGAGGACGAUGAAGAUGACGACGAUCUGGGACCGGAGACCAACGUAGACGUUGUGGACGAUGUGCAAGAAUUCGAAAAAUUAGACCAAGCCAUGGCUCAAAAUUAUCCGGAUGAAUUCAUGAUCAAAAUGCCCACCAAAACUGACGAUGUUGCAGAAUUUCCUCCAGAGGUUAAAGGUGAAAAACAAAGUGAUGCUGAUAAUGUAGGAGAAAGCGAGGACAGCGACGACGAGUGGAACUACUACAGACCAAACGAAGGCGGCGACAAAUCAUCCAACGAGGACCAACGCAUUGCCAAAGACCCGAGUCUCGUGGAAAAGCCCGACUGUGAUCGCGAGGAGAAAGAGUCCUGCAGCCCGAAACUUCAAGAGGACGAGGAUAACAGCUGCAGCAGCAGUGAUCAGAGUCCGUUGCAUCAGCCGAGCCUGAACCAAGCGAGUAACGAGCUCCACGGCGAACCCGCUGCCGAUCCUCAAGUAGAAAAAGAACCGGAGGAGGUUUGUCGAGAAGUCGAUUUCGUUGCUGAAAGUAACGUAGCCGACGACGCUGCAACCUACGAAAGACAAUACGAUUACGAAGAGAAUAAAAUUCUCGGCCAAGAGGUACCGAUAAACGAGCCCAAACCAGAAGCUCUCGCGGAAGAGCUAUCGAACUUUGAAAAGCUGGAGGAGUCACGCGUCCAGCCGAACUUGCUCCAAGGGGAGACGACGCAGGCGUCGGAAAAAGAAGCUUACCUGUACCCGGAUCAGCUGCUGCCAGAGCAAGCGCUCAACGAAAACAACAUUGAAGCAGAAGCAGCAAUAAACAACUCUAAUCUUGAUACUAAUCAAGUUCCAUCGGUCUUUGAAGAAGAUCUAAUUCAAGGAUUACAAGAAACAAACGAGCCGACGUACAAGAUCAAUUACAAGGAAGAAAAUAAAGAAAACGAUAUCGCCAGCGACAAAGACAGCGAAGACGAUAUGGAAUCUCAUUUGAAUCCAGAUGCUGCUGAAUUUGUACCUCACACUGGUACCUCGCCGAUCUCGCCGCUAACGCCGCAAUUGAUCAAUCAAAUGAACAGCGAUCUUAUCGCCGGUUCACCCUUGAAACAGUCCCAGCGAGCUUUGAAGAAUACGAAAAUUCCAAGCGAAGAGGAAUUUCACAUGGAAGUUUGUUCUAGACCUUCGGAUGUCAAUGACAGUGUAACCAGUGACAUUUCCAACGGUGACGCCUUGUCAUCACCAAUGAAAAAUCCAUUCGACGGAUUCAGCGAAGAUAACAGUGAGAAUAAUGACAACAAAAGGAAAAAUCUCUUUACCAAUCUUAUGGACGAUUACGAGGUGUCCUCAACUAAGGCUGAAUUCGGUGAUGAGUCCACUACUAAUUUGUCCGCAGUCAGUGAGUUUUGCAAAACUGGAGUGUCUAAUGUUGAUGUAUCAAAUUUAUCGUUUACCGAUCGUGACGAUGUUAUGUCAACUUCGAUGACUCCUAGUGAUUUCAAAAAUGCAUUCGAUCAAAGUCCUGACUUGAAUAAGGUGCACGAUCUUUCCGAUGACGAUCUUAUGAUUGAGGUACACAACGGACUUACAACUGUUCAAGAGACCGAGGAAAAAAUAACUACGGAGGAAAAAGAUAACGAGAUUCUUGAACAAUCUGUCGAUUUGGAUCUCGAAAAUCUUGAACCACAUCAAGAACAAAGCGUUGAAUUAUUCACAGCCGUAGUUGAGCAGAGAAAGUCUCAAACUUCGGAUAUGUUUUCUACUUCUCGUGGAGAUUUCGAAAAUUACGAUUCGAAAAAAACUGAGACAUCGCACUAUACCGACAAUAAUCCGUUUUCUUAUGAUUUUUCUGCAAACAAUGAAAGUAAUAUGAAUAAUCUUGCUCAGAAUCUAGAGUCCGUUAAACUCGAUGAGGGCAGUCAAGAAAAAUUCGACAAUAAUUACAAGGAUGAACAAUUACCGGAGAAAGUAGUUGAAGAUCCUUCGCACCCUGAGCAAAUUAAACAAAUAUCUUUCGAUGAAGAAACUCAAUUCAUGAAAGAAGCUCACCAAGAUGUGAUGCUUAACCCUUUAAACCUUAAUUUGGGUGUGAGUGCUGCUGUCGAUCAAAAAAUCGACGAACCGAUUCUUGUAUCACCUGUUAAGGAACCACAAAUUAUGUCAAGCAAAUUCCAUGAAGAAGAUCUCAUGUCAAAAUCGAAUAUUCAAGAUUCCAGUUUUCCUAAUGACCCUCAAUCUGAAGAAACGGACGUCGUUGUAAAUGAAAAACAAUCUACAGAUACAUUGAUCGCAAUAGAUAAUAAAAAUGUGGUCGUUGACAUAAAAGAUCAAGUUAUUGAUCAUGUAAAGGAAAAUAUUGGUAUUGAUUUUGUGGAAGAAAAGAAAGAAUCAAGUUGUGCGUAUCUUGAAACGAACAUCGAACAAGAAACAUACCAAGAAGCUCCUACUUUAAAGGAAAAUCUUGUUGAAGAACCCAAAGACGUGGAAGAAAUUUCUACGCCAUCUUCAGAAGCUAAAUCUGAUGGGGAACCAUUGAUUACAAAUGAAGCACCAACAGCUGGAACAGCAUCAUCGAUUGCUGCCGCAGCUGCUGUGGUAACAGCAGGCACUGCUUCUGCUGCUGCGGUUGCGACUAAAUUAACAGCUAAGCCUACCACUUCCAGAGUUGCCCCUAAAUCCACCACCAGUUUUAAACCAGGGGUUAAAUCGACAACUCCUGGAUCCUCACCAGCUAAAACCAGCCUCACUGCGAAAACAUCAACAAGUACAUCUACUAAAAAACCAGCUACAACAGCUACGCGACCUAAAACAGCUACUACUGGAACAACAAAACCCCCUGCUGCUGCCUCAAAAAGUACCUCGCUAUCUAAAACUGCUACGACUACAUCGAGAACUGCGAGUGCUGCCGCCAAAACAACCCCUCGUACAACUGUAGCUAACGCUGCAACUUCAAGACCUAAACCAUUAAGUGCUGUUACUUCAAAAGUUGGCUCUACUGCAUCAGCUGAUAAAAAACCAAUGACAAAUGGUGACAUCAAAGCACCUUCAAAACCCAUUGCAGCUUCAAAAGUAACCGCAAAAUCAGCUACAAAUACCACAGCUACCAAAGUAGGUCUAGUCAAAACGAGUACUACAACUACAUCAAGAACCAGUGGAGGUGCCAGUGCUAAUUCUGGAACCUUGAAGCCCCGACCAACCUCAGCAACAAGCGCCAGUGCUACUGCCUCAAAGUCGAGAUUGAGUGGCAACGUUUCCAACUCGCUUAACAACGCGACUGCCAGACCUAAAACUGCUCCUGUAUCUGGCGCAACAAAACUUAAAACGGCUUCUGGAAGCAAAUCGCCGAUGAUCGACAAGCAUAGCAAAGAGACUGUAAACAAACAAAUUUCGUCGGCACGCAAUACUGUUUCGGCUACUACUAAUACUAGGCCACGAGUACCUUCGACCACAUCGACUAGUACAACAGUUAAGCGACAGUCUUUAGCUCCAAGCAAACCACUGCUUACAAGUGUAUCUCCAUCUAAAAAAGCACCAGUGCAAGUAUCAAAGCCUGGUCCCAUCAAGUUGAAUAAUGUACAAUCUAAGAUCAACUCAAGGGCAACUACGACUGCGACGAAAGGUGGCAAUAACUUAACAACUACAAUCACUACAGCAACCACUCAGCAAAAAAUCGUACAAAACGGCGUAAGCGUACCGAAAACGGAAACUAAUGUAACAACGAAUACAACGACAACGAAUAUCGAAGAAGACAUACCGAAAAAAGAUGUAUCUCCAAUUGAGCCGAUUACUGACAAUCAGCUUAUUACCGCAGAGUAAUGAAAUUAAGUCUAAUUGCGUUCGACCGACAGGGUAGCAUAAUUCUAUAUUCAUACAACUCUGUCUCGAUCGCGCUUCUUUUUCCACUUUGUUCAUUUUUAUUUAAUUGAUUUAACGAGAUUUGCAGAGAUAAUAAUGUUUUUCCUCUGUUUGCGGAGAUACUAGCCAUAGAACAAUUAAAAAAUUUCAAAAACGUUUUCUAAGAUUUCGGUCGAAUAUUUUUCUGGAAAGCUUUAUGGAUGCAUAUAGAGAAGAGCAAAACUGUAUUGCCCAUUUAAUUAUUUAGAAAAAUAUUCAAUAUAAAUUUCAAAAAAUAUAUUUGAAAAUUUGGCGUUCCCCACAGGCUUAGGUAUUCUUUCAUAGCAUAUGUUUUUUAUAUAAUGUACUAUUGAUCGUUAUGACCAAUAGUUCUAAACCCUGUCUUCAAUUUUUUAAAUUAAUUUUAAGGAUUCAGAAAGACAGAUACGCAUUCACAGUAGUUGUUAGUUAAAUGUUGAAUUAAAUUUUUUUUAUAAUAGUACUAAUUUGAUUGUUAUAAAAGAUAAGAGAGGAAAAAAUACAAAAAAAAAACUUAAUAUUUAUGAUUUUUAAGAAAAGUAUGGUGAAAUAUAUCAAUCUAUAUUCAAAGAUCAUUAUUAUUAUAUAGCCAUUUUACAUUUUACUGCUUGAUUGCUUCGGUGUGCUGUGAAAAUCUCCUACGGACUUUUAAAAAGAAAACGCAGCAGUGGAUAAAAGGCUUAAACUUUUGUUUUGUAAAUAAUCAAACGCGUUCGAAGUUACGGUAUUAUUGUAUUUUAUGCAAGCUCUGAGUGUGCGUAAUUUUAUGUGGUGCUUGUUAAAGGCCUCAAAAUUGAAAAAGAGGAAGUAGAUGAAGGAAAAUAUAUGAUUGAUGAUGAUGAUUAUGAUAAUUAAAGCGAAAAGAUAAAAAUAAUGGUUAACUUGCACGAAUUUACCUGAGUUCAAUAACAGAUAAACCUUUAAUAGAAACUUCCUUUUUAUGCAAAGAAGCGUAAAGAAAAUAUGUAAUUUGGAGAAAAUUGAUGGUGACGAAUAUGCAACCAUACGCUGGUAAUUUUGUUUGUACACAAAUGAAACAACCUGGAAGUUUUUUUCUUUUUAUAUUUUUAAUAAUUUUUUCAUGUAUGUGCAUUAUAAUUCAUGUAACAUUAAAUCAUAUACGAUAUUAUUAACCUAUUUAUUCUGUUUGUUCCUAUCUAAAGUUGACACAUGAAAUCAACAAAAUCGUCACCAUUGUAAUACGUAUACUACUAUUAUUUCAUGUACAGCAUCUUUUGAUUUAAUGUGAUAACUAUUAUUAUAAAUUCAAUAACACAAAGAGCAAAUUUUUAAAAAGUGAAUCUUUUCUAAUUGUAGACAUUUUUCGAACCUCAUUUUUUGUAAAUCUACGUGCUCGGUUUUAGUAUAAUUAUAAGAGAUUUUCUUCAUUUGUUAGUUUUAUUUUAAUUAUUGACAAAAAAAUGUAAUAGAAUAAAUAUUUAACUUUUA